UACGUAAUGCCGCGGUGGCUGAGGCGGUUCCGCUGGCUGGUGUGUACGCGACGAGCGAGUCCCUGUGCGGCCCGCUCGGCUCCGACAGCGCCGCAGACCCCGGCCCCGACCCCCGCUGCGGCCCGGCCGCCGCCUGAACAUGGACUCCGCAGGCCAAGAUAUCAACCUGAAUUCUCCUAACAAAGGUCUGCUGUCCGACUCCAUGACAGAUGUCCCUGUCGACACAGCGGUGGCUGCCCAGACUCCUGCCGUUGAGGGUCUGACCGAGGCUGAGGAGGAGGAGCUUAGGGCCGAGCUUGCAAAGGUGGAAGAGGAGAUCGUCACUCUGCGCCAGGUCCUGGCAGCCAAGGAAAGGCACUGCGCAGAGCUGAAAAGGAAACUGGGCCUCUCUGCCUUGGAGGGCCUGAAACAGAACCUGUCCAGGAGCUGGCAUGACGUGCAGGUCUCUAACGCCUAUAUGAAAACUUCUGAGAAACUUGGAGAGUGGAAUGAGAAAGUGACCCAGUCAGACCUGUGAGUGCCUUUGCCGUCAGCACCUCCUUCCUCCUCUUCCUCUUGACACUCCCUUUAGGGACAGGGAGGCUGUGCGCACUUGGCACAAACCUAGUUUUAGUGUUUGGGGCUAUUUUAUUUUUAAUAUAAUUUUUCUUAAACACAAAUGAAGGUAUAACUCAUGAAAUGGGUGCAGUUGCUGAAGGAAAUUCACUCGGCCACCGGACCGCACUGAAUACCUUCCUCCGGCUGACAUGGACACGUCCCUUAGAUGAGCGGCCUGGCUGGGCUUGGGCAGCAUCUCUGGCUGGUAGGAGCCCCUCAGCCUUGCAAGUGGGCAGAAUGGCUGAGCACCAUCUGGACUGAUGGUGAUGGUGAUUUGGGGCUUUUUUUUGGGUCUUCUCUCCCCUGCAGACCUAGCUCCAGCUGAGGGGGGUUCUUAGACCUUCACUCAUACUUAGGGUUAGGGGUGGUUUUUGAGUGAGGGCUGCCACACGGGCCAUGCUGGUGGGAUCUUGACGUCGCUUUGGUCUGAGGGGCACCGAGCUGUCAGGAAACACGUGGAUGGGUUUUCAUGCCCUUCAAAGCUGUAGUUCAGAAUGAGUCCUGGUGUUUUAUUUGAGAUCCUUACACAAGGUAAUAGCAUUUCUUUUAUCUGUGACCUAGUCUGAUUAUAAUUGUUUGAACUGGGUGGGGUCACGUUGUAAGAUAGCAGCUUUCUGGGAUUCUUUUCUGUCUCUUGUUGAGGAGGAAGUGCUGUGGUGUCUCCAGCGUGGCUGACAGGCCUUUGUGUCUUCCUGGAGGAAAUGGUUGUUACCGGGCUUGUCUUCAUGGCGCCUGGGAACCCAGGUCGGCUGGCUCUGUGCUUGGAGUCUUCGCAGCCCGGUGUCACCAGGGGUGCUGGUCCCGCCAUUUGUGUGGUUGGGAGGACAGCAGUCAUUGCCACGCCCUGCUGUGUUGUGUCUCCAGGGCUGUAUCGGACGAUGUCUUCGCCUUGUUGCAGAUGUUCUUGAGGUUGAGGCAGUGGCUGUCAUCUGUGCGAUUUGGGCGCCAGGCAGGCUCAUGGUGCGGACUUAACCCGAAAAGAGCCUUAGGAGACUUUAGUGCCGUUUGUAAAACCAGGUGACGUAAGGUUGCUAGGAUACUGUUUCAGGUAAUUACAACUCUGACUCCUCUGAGAGAAACCUGUGGCUCUGGGCAUGGAAGUGGCCGGUGGGAUGGCCUUUCCCAAGCGCCUUGCCAGGUGAUGGCCAUUCCCCUGAGGCCUCAUCCCCAAUUCCGUUGGUGGAAGCUCCGGGGGCUGGAGCAUUUCUGCAGGGACGGCCCAGGGGGAGGAUGACCCAGCUCAUGGUGGGCUGACUGAAAACAUUGGCUGCUUUAUGCUCUCUGGGGUGAAGGUGCUUGCCUGGUCAUUGCUGCGGGAGGCCACUGGUGGGGCAUGACCGCCCGCAGGGAUCCCUUUCAAACGUCUGCCUGUAGUGCUGGCUUUCGUGAAGCCGUGCUGGGCGUCAGCAGUGUUGAUGCUGCUCACCUGUGCUCUUGGCUGUGAACGGUUGCCCCGUCGGGUUCUACCUCAGGGAGACAGAGCUGAAGUCGUGCGGAGGUGGCACCACAGUCCUUCGGUUGUACGUGGCAGAAAGCACAGACGCAGACGGUGUCAGCCUUGUCCGGCUCCUCCUUCACGGUGCAAGGGGUGCCCAGCGGUUCAGGGUUGAGUGUUCGUAGUAUUGCGGCCCCGGUGCCGGUCUCACUGGACACUCACUGUGGUCGGGGAGCUGUGGACUUCUCUGGCUGUCCACACUGCGGAUCAUGCCCAUCCAGAGUUGGAGGUGGGAGCAGCCCCCGAGGGCCGAACCCAGAGCAGGUGCAUCCAGCAGGUGCCCCCACGCUGACUGUGAUGGGGGGAGGCUGGCAUCUGUCAGGGUUCUACACUUUGGUUUUCUUAAAAGGUAGAAGUAAUUCUCAAAGGGGUGCUGGCCAGGGUGGCCCAGCCUAGCGCUCUUGAGCACGUCUGGGCCCAAGUUACCUGCGUACAGACUCUGACUCUGCCCCCUGCCCUGCAUCUGCCCUGGCUUGGAGGUUCCCGUCUCUGAAGGAGUCCCUUGUGGCCCCUCAUUUCCACACCCCAGGAAUACUGAGGGUGGUGGAGUGUGGGAGAUCGCCUCUGUUUAGUCUCCGGCAGGGGUGCUGCCUUUCGCAGUGGCCCAUAGUGAGGGUCUCCUGUCUGUUGUCUAGUGGGUGGCUCCAAUCUGAGUCGUCCUCAGCACGAUGUUCCUCGUCACCGACAGUCCGUGGCACAGGCUUGUGGUCUUUCCAGCUGCAGUUUCCCUGUGGACAUGGAGAUUCUGUACGGACUUUCCCUUAAAUUCUCCGCUUCACACUGUUCCGUUUCAACAGACAGGUUCCCGUGGUCUUACAUAUUCGCUGUAUCACGAGAAAUGGCUUGAACACCUUUUCUGAAUUUGUGUUUCUGAAACUGAUGCACGUCAUUAGUUACCUCGUACUUGGUGUUUUAUAAAUAACAACCAUGGCUUCCAGUCUGUUUCUUGCAGAUAAUCUAACUCACUUUGAAAUGAAACCAGUUCACCAGCUGGGGGUAAGGGGAGGGGGGCCAAAGGGCUCGCUCCUGCAACUUAGGGGCUCCAGAGAAGAUUCCAGAGCCUUGCCUUAGCAGGCUUUGUUGGGGGGGAUGUGUAGCAUGUUUCCCCUUCCCUUUCUUGCCACAGUUCUGCUGACCCCAAGACAGACUAUGGUGCAGGGGGAGGCUCCUGGUGAAGGCUCCGUCAGGUUGGAAGGCGCCUUGGAGGGUGACAGCUGACUGUGUGGAAACCCUCCCUAGAAAGAGCGUGUGCACUCUGGUUUCUUGUAGUGAGAACCCGCUGUGGUGGGCCCCUCUGCUGGCCGGCCUGUCUAGGUCCCAGCCGUGCAGCUGUCGGCUGCGGCCGCAUGUGUGCUUGGGUUUUGUUUCCAUUCCUGUUCAGUUCUGUGAUCGUUUCUAUUGUGGGGGGGGGAGGGAUUUC